AUUGUACCAAAAUAUUGAUUUAAUAGUAAUGUAUUAAGCCCAUGCUCCUAUGAAUCUAUUUUUAAUUCGUAUAUGAACAUGUCAUCAGAAGAAGCAUCAGAGCGCCUGAUUCAAUCAAGUUUAUUUGAUUUUGUAACUAGGCACAUACCUCGUGCUGAUUUAUCAGUUGUUGAUGAAAUUGUUCUUUCAUAUUUGACUGCUAUUUUGGAAGAAGUAUCUCAGGAUCCUGUAUUUGAUGUGGAUGGUUUUUCUGAGAUGAUGUCUGCAUAUUUUCCAAACUUCAAUGACAUAGAACCAAAUAAGAUUUGCUGUUGGAUUAUUGAACUUGCGUCUCAACUUGAACGUUGCACGAAUCAUGAAGAUCUCAAGACAUCGAAUCUUUCCCUCAGUAAUUUGAGUUUGAAUGAUAUUUUACCACAGAAUCAAAGAUGCAAACAACGUCGAGUUGCACGUGAAUCAUUAUCCGAACAGAGUGACGCGGGUUCUCACAGUGACGCUGAUAGCUCUGGUGGAAUCGAUGCCGUUGUGUUAUAUUCAGAGGAAUGUGAGACGUUACAAGAAAUGUUUCCUGAUACUUGCGUUAAUGAGGUCCGGCAUUGCAUAACUGUCGCGUGUGGAGAUUUAGACAGAGCUACGCAAAUUUUAUUGCAUCGUCAAGAAACUGGACAAAGUCUAAGAAGUGUUCCAAUUGCUCUGACUACCAACAGGCACUGUCAUGCUUCUAUUGAUGACUCCGAAUUAAAAAAUCGAAUUAUAGAAAGGUACAGUUAUGUUGACAAAUGUUCCGAUCUUCGGGAGCAUCAUCCAGUGGCGCCGAAGUACGAGCCGAAGAAACUGGUGCGAUAUCGUGACAAUAAAAUAGUUUCUUUAAAGGGUGAGCGAUAUACGGAAGUAAGCCAUGUCGUUGGUGAUGAACCCAAGAAGUCAAGACGACCUCAUUGUCCAUAACCACUGUUUUACGUAAGCUGGCCAUAUUGUAUUUAUUUAUCGCACAUUCCCAUUUCUGGUAUUAGUAUUAUCCAUUCUUUUAAGGAAUUUAAACGAAUAUCUUAGUUUAUAUUGAUUGAUCAACUAAUUGCAUGCGCUUUAAGAUAUUUAUUGCCUGCAGUUAUUUCGCUAUUAAUUUGAACAUCAACAAUUCAUAACUAUAUUCUCCUGUGAUAAUGGAUGAUUAUUGCUUAGUAAGUUUUAUAAUUAUUUUACUUGAGUGUGAGUGCAAAUUUAGUUUUAUUUGAAAUGUUUGAGUGAUUUUCAUGUAAUUUUUUUUUCUAUUUAAACUAAAACAAUAUGAAUUACUACCUAUACCUAACGAUAUACUUAUAAUUCAUUUUAUAUACAUCCAGUUCAACUAAACUUUCGCUUUUUUAUAUGUGAUAAAUGAUGGUUGAAUUGCAGCCGCUUUUAAUUAUUUAGAGUAAAUGACAUCAUAUUAUGAAUUUUAUAAUAGAAAAAUUUUAAAGCCCAGAAUUUUUGAAAAUUAUU